AUGAUAGUCCCGAGAGUUAUUCAAGAAAAAGGUUGUAACAUCCCUCCGCCGUCGCUCCCAGUCGAUGAAGAAUCUGCUGUUGAUACGCUCGCAACGGAUGCAUUCGGCCAUGAUGCACCUCGAGACACAGGAUUCUUCGGCCCUAGUUCGAACCAUACCCACUUCGGAGCUCUAUCAAAUGCAUUUGCUCAAAUUGCUAGAGCAAAGUUCCCAAAUAAACAGGCCUUACUUCGAACAUGGACAAGCGAACAACAAGAUGAGCUCCCGAGAAACGAACAACCACCAGUUCCGUAUUCGGCCUUUGACCCUUACGGAAUGCCCGAUGAGCAAUAUGCUCUAUCGCUCUUUGACACUUUCUUCUCUUCCAUCAAUCUUGUGUUCCCAUACGUUAACAAGGCAUCUUUGUUAUGGGAUUAUCACCAAGCACGACAAAUGCGUCCUACACAAGUCCGUCGAACCCUUCGUGUCCUGCUCAACAUAAUAUGGGCCCAUGCGUCAAGCUCGCUCGGCAAACCUGAGUCCGAAAUCUUCUAUAGAUGUGCUGUAACCCUUUUAGACACGUUGACGAUCAGAAAGACCAGUGUAGAGUUGGUACAAAUCUUCCUUCUACUCACGAUCUUCCAACAAAACCAUCAAAGAUCAGUAUCAAGCUGGACUUACCAUGCUUUGAGCGUCAAAGCUGCUUUUCAAUUAGGUCUUCAUGCCCCAUCAUCUUAUCGUGCUUCCAACGAAGAGGACAAAGAACAACGUAAAUGUAUCUGGUUUGGAGUGAUAUUACAAGACCGUAUUCUUACUCUGUCCUUGGGACGACCUGCAAUGAUUCCCGAGCAUUACAAUCGAAUCGAGGCAAUACGGCCGUUUAGCAUCACUAAUCAACCUCAAAGUCCGGAUUGUGUCGACAACGUUCAAUUCUUUUGCCACAAGGUCUCUCUCUGUUCUAUUAUAUAUGAGGUCCUGGAAAGAUUGUAUGAUUUCAACAUAUCAACCGACUCCAUAUGCCUUGAUGAUUUGAUAGUAGCCAGAACUCGGCUUCUGCUGCGGCUCUCAGCCUGGCAAAGCAAUCUAGGGUCCUUCUCUAUAGUGAAAGCCUCAAGCUUCAUAGGUCAAAGGCCAGAGUAUUGCAAUCGAAAGCGCUUUGACAUAAUACUAUCGAUAUAUUAUCAUCGAGUUGCCAUGUCCAUCAACAAAGCUGUUCUUUCAAGAUUUCUGACUGAUUUCGCGCUGGCCGAUGAUGAAGCGAUUCCAGAACCAAUCUGGGACGGCGUUAUUAGCGCUCUCUCCCAUGACGCUCGAAGUGCCAUGGAACUUCAAGGCAUAUUCACCUCGGUCAUCGAAAACGACUCAACGUUUAUCAAUCGCUAUGCUGCAUGGUGGACUGCAAAUUACUCUGUUUUUAGUACAAGCCUACACCUCCUAGGCGCCAUGAUUUUCCUUCUUCGAUUUCCGAAACUUAAAGAAUGCAUUAAUGCGAAAGAUAUUCGAAGAUCCAUGCAGCAAAGCCUUGACGCUCUUCGGACGGUGGGAGGAUCGAGUCUCAUAAGUUGGAAAGGGAGGAAUUGUAUGAAGCAAUACAUUCAAGGAUAUGAUAUUCUCGCCAACGAGGUAGAAAGCAUCAACGACGGAAGUCAUCAAAUGGGGACCACUGGCCCAGUAAUAGGCUCAAGUUUAGACGCGGAGGACUUGAACCAGGUCUGCUUCUCCUCUGACCUUGCAAUGGGAUCCAUGUUCGACCUCAUCAUCGAAACAGCUGAUGAUUUCUUUGCUCACUGCACGGAUAUCGAUCUUUUACAGGACGAUUCCAACUUGUUCCCUUUUUAACAACUGCCGAUAUCAGAUCUGCUUAGAUCUCUGCACUUCUGGUGUUGGAAGGGGAUUUCAUCGGCUCCGUCUGACCAAUCGGGAUCACGCUUCCCGCCACCUCCAUACUCCCCACACUAUUGUUCCGAACACCAAGAUUUCCCUGUCUGUUUCCCCAGAUUUAAAGACAG